CUGGAAUUGGAAAUGCCAAUGCUGUUACUUCAAAUGAACCUGAUGGAGAGAGCCAAAGCAUCAGGGUAACAAAGACGAUGGUGACGGACCCGACUCUCGACGACGACAGGUGGGGAUUGUUUGUAAAGUACAAGCACAAGUUUUGGUUCGAAGAGAACGAUUAUGACGUCCCUGAAUCCUAUUUCUACUACCAGACCGGCGAGAAGAUUCAGCCCAAUACCAUCGAGCUGGUCAAGAGAUUCCUCAAACAAGUCCGCGAAUCCAGGGGUUAUGAUGUGGACUGCUGCCCACCUCGGAUGUUUGAAUCUCCAUUCGCACCACUUUCACUGGAAGAGAUGCGCCAGGGUACAAGUGAUAUUGAUAAAUUCGGGUAUGCUACAGUUGUCGAAGCAGCUGAGUGUGCAAUUCAGAAAAUCAGUGAAGAGACUGGUCACAGUUAUAAGCUUGUGAAAGUCGAGAAGGCUGUCCUGACCACCGCCUCGGUGGUAUUCUUGACUUUGACUGCCGAGGAAGAUGGUGGCCCUGUGCAAACUAUUCAAGCCGCGGUCUACGAGCCCCGUGGUGGCUAUUUAGUCCUUCAAGAGUGGAGGUUCAAACCACUCCCUGCUCAUUGACAUUGUUGUCAACUUUAAGGUUUAGUUGUAGUUGUCCGUGUCUUCCUACCGUAACCUAUCCCUAUGCUUACAUAAAUCUGAAUGUUCGUAGUAUUGUGAAGAUCUAUUAUGUUAGUUAUCCAUGAAUUUAGACUUGACUUGAGACUUACGUGGCUAUUUGUUAUCAGUUACUGGUAGCUAAUGCAUGUGAUGGAGCUGUCACUUAUUAGUCUCUUGUUUGUUUCUUUUCUCUCAAUCUGUUGAAUAAUUUUGUUAUUACUUAUAUUACUGUCUUCUCAAGGAAUUGCUUCCUUAAUCGUUUUAUGAUGACGAUAUAAGGACAAUAUAUGGGGAACUCAACCGGUAAAAAUUUUGUUGGUACCCGCUUGUUCGUCUUCCAUUUUAAAACCAUUUGUUUUUACACAAAACAAUUGUGAUAUCUUUCAAUCUUGAGAGAAUAUUUAUGUAGGCAUUGUCUCUCAAACCAAGUUAGUUAUCUUGUAAAAAAUGCCUCUUAUAAUUUAUAUAUUUAUGUUGAAUGUACUGUAUAUGUGUAAUUUUUAGUCAUGGUAACUAGUGGGCUCUGCACAGGCGGCCCGAGUUUAGUCUCUAAUUGUGAAAUAUUAUUUGCUUUUUCGUUGACUUUUAAAAUUUGCAACUUAAAAUGUGUAUAACCUUAUUUAUAUAUUUACCCGACUCGAAAAAUACAAAUAGAUACAUUUGGCAGCAUUUGUAAAAGUAUGUGAAAUUACUUGAUAUGAAUCCAUAAUAAAUGUAGGAGUCUCGGCAUCUNCUUUCUAGAAAUCCCAAAAAUAAA